AUGACGUCGAAGAAAGCGGAUCGGGACUCUAUGAAAGAAUCAGCCUUUGUUGUGCAGUUUGACUGGGUUUGGCUCUCCGAGUUACUCCAAUAUGAGUCACUGAACUGUUGUACGUCUCCAAUCCUGGUGCCUGAAGAGGAUGAAUGUAUUUGUGGAGCUGAAGUCACUAACGUUUGGAAUGUAAGGAGACACAAGAAUUCCGAUGAAUAUAAAUGUCUCACAAUGGCAGGACCCAUAUCUUCACAACUCGGAGGGAAAGUAUUUUGUUCCAGUCAAAUAGGGAUAAUUAAAAUAGCAUUAAUUUGCUUCCUGAUUUCUUCUUCUGUUCAGUUAUUCUUCCCGCUUCUUAUCGAGCAUGGAAUAUGGUUUACCACGUUGACACGAUACUAUGGGAAAAUUUUACUUCGACAGGACGUUGAAUCCACAGAUUUUUCCGGUCGGGUGUCCCUUCCUGCAACGAAGGGGCCAACAUACUUCCCUGAAAUCUUCCCCGUGGAGACAUGGAUGGGAGCACAGCCAGCACCUCUCGUUACUCGCGAGCAUAUCAACGAGCUCUCCGAUCGAACUCUCGAGCAAGAAGCUUUAGCAGCUCUUUCUGCUGCCCAAUCCAGCAGGCGUUCCGGAAAUAGGAAAAAGGCCAGAAUCAUCAUCGAGCAUGCACUUGCCCUUGCCCCUAAUCAUCCUGAUAUUUUGACGGAGUAUGGAUUGUUCCACGAGGUACUGGAAAACGACGUUCUUGAGGCCGAUCUCUGCUAUGCAAAAGCUUUAGCAUUUGAUCCGCACCAUUCUGAGGCCCUUGUGCGAAGGAAGAAAACAUUGCCCCUUGUCAACGCCAUGGAUGCUAAGUUGUUGAAUCGAAUUCAGAAGAAACGCGACGAAUUUGCGCGCUUGCCGCACACGUCGUCUUUGAGAAGAGCCAUGCGUGAAAGCUAUUUUCUUCAUAUAUAUCACACUGUUGCUAUUGAAGGAAAUACACUGUCACUUGGACAAACACGUUCCAUCCUGGAAUCUGGUAUGGCAGUGGCUGGAAAGAGUAUCCAUGAGCACAACGAGGUUAUUGGGAUGGAUGCAGCACUUCGAUUUCUUAAUCAUUCCCUUCUCCACAUGAACGAAAUCACUUUGGAUGAUAUCUUGGAAAUGCACAGAAGAGUCUUAGGAAAUGUUAAUCCUUUAGAUGCAGGACGUAUUCGUACAACACAGGUAUUUGUUGGACGGUUUACUCCAGUUGCGCCGGAGUAUGUCAAAGAGCAGCUGGCUGAACUGGUUAAUUGGCUAAAGGAUCCUUUAACGCUGGAAAUGAAUCCUGUUGAGAAAGCAGCUAUUGCGCACUACAAACUUGUUGUGGUGCAUCCUUUUGUGGAUGGAAAUGGUAGAACAGCUCGGCUUCUCUUGAAUCUGAUUCUGAUGAGGGCUGGUUUUCCACCCGUAAUCUUACCAGUGGAGUCACGUGCGGAAUACUAUGCAACUCUACACACGGCUAACCUUGGCGACUUACGACCUUUUAUCAGAUAUAUAGCACGUUACACAGAAAAUACUUUAAAGUUCUAUAUCAAUUCGACAGAAAAGUGUGUCGGAGGCGAUUGUGCCGAAAAUGAAUUGCGUGGUGAAGAGUCGGAGAGAAUAUCAUCAUGA